CGCCCGCGGUCUUCUGCUGGUUCCCUCAGGUGGGGUUCGCAGAGGCGCUGAGGCCGUGAAGCCCGAGAGCGCCGUGCCCGUCGGGCCGCGUUCCCACAGCGAGGGCCGCCAUGGCCUUCUCCCAGGUGCAGUGUCUGGACGACAACCACGUGAACUGGCGUUCCAGCGAGUCGAAGCCCGAGUUCUUCUACAGCGAGGAGCAGCGGCUGGCCCUGGAGGCCCUGGUGGCCCGUGGUCGCGACGCCUUCUACGAGGUGCUGAAGCGCGAGAACAUCCGCGACUUUCUGUCCGAGCUGGAGCUCGCGCGCAUCGUGGAGACCAUCGAGGUGUACGACCCGGGCUCUGAGGACCUGCGGGGCUCGGGUCGCCGUCCCGAGCUCCAGGAAAACGGAGGCGUGGAUGCCAGCGAGGAUGCCAGCGCGGCGGGAGGGCCCCCAGCCACGGCCGAGCCCUUGCCCUCGCUGGAGUACUGGCCCCAGAAGUCGGACCGCUCCAUCCCGCAGCUGGACCUGGGCUGGCCUGACACCAUCGCCUACAGAGGUGUGACCCGGGCCAGUGUCUACAUGCAGCCACCCAUCGACGGACAGCCUCACAUCAAGGAAGUGGUGCGCAAGAUGAUCAGCCAGGCGCAGAAGGUGAUAGCUGUGGUCAUGGACAUGUUCACUGACGUGGAUAUCUUCAAAGACCUGCUGGAUGCUGGCUUCAAGAGGAAGGUGGCUGUGUACAUCAUUGUGGAUGAGAGUAAUGUCAAGUACUUCUUACACAUGUGUGAGCGGGCCCGCAUGCACCUGGGACACCUCAAGAAUCUCAGGGUACGCAGCAGCGGGGGAACAGAGUUCUUCACACGGUCAGCCACCAAGUUCAAGGGUGCCCUGGCCCAGAAGUUCAUGUUUGUGGAUGGAGAUCGGGCUGUGUGUGGCUCCUACAGCUUCACAUGGUCAGCUGCAAGGACAGACCGGAAUGUGAUCUCUGUGUUGUCUGGUCAGGUGGUAGAGAUGUUUGACCGGCAGUUCCAGGAGCUGUACCUCAUGUCUCAGGGGGUCAGCCUCAAGGACAUCCCCAUGGAGAAGGAGCCAGAGCCGGAGCCCAUUGUACUACCAUCUGUGGUGCCCCUGGUACCUACAGGAACCAUGGCUAAGAAGCUUGUCAACCCCAAGUAUGCACUGGUCAAGGCCAAGAGUGUGGAUGAGAUUGCUAAGACUUCUUCUGAGAAACAGGAGGUCACAAGGCCCCCAGGGCUGCGGGGUGCUACACUGGCUGAACGCCCAGGGGACCUCUCUGAACAGCUACCACCUAUCCACCCGGGACUGCUCAACCUGGAGAGGGCCAACAUGUUUGAGUACUUGCCCACAUGGGUGGAGCCAGACCCAGAGCCUGGCAGUGACAUCCUGGGCUACAUCAACAUCAUUGAUCCCAACAUCUGGAACCCUCAGCCCAACCAGAUGAACCGUAUCAAAAUUCGUGACACUGCACAUGCCAGCACCCAGCACCAGCUAUGGAAGCAGAGCCAAGAGGCCCGCCCCUGCCCAGAGCCCUGCCCUCGCCCAGCACCCAGGGACUCCCAGGAUGUGGUCCCAGCUGAGAAUGGCUUCCCCCAGGGGAACACUGAACCACAACCCCCUAUACCUAAGCCCCGGACAGUCCCUGUGGCAAAUGUUCUUGCCCAAGAUGGUAGCAAUAUUGGCUGGGCCCUGGAGAACCCAGAAAAGGAGACAUCCCCAAAUGGGAUAGACCCCAGACUACCCAGGACAACCAACCAAAGCCAGGUACCCCUACAGCGACAGUUAUCUGCUACCCAGGAUAACCCUGAUGGCUUGGAGACAGGACUCCCCAAUGGGCUGGAUGAGGAGGAGGAAGAUGAUGAUGACUAUGUGACCCUCAGUGACCAGGACAGCCUCUCAGGAAGCUCUGGCCCUGGCCCCAGCCACCGGCGACCCUCAGUGGCCUCAUCGAUGUCAGACGAGUACUUUGAAGUGAGGGAGCGGUCAGUACCUCUCCAGAGGCGUCACUCAGAGCAGAUGGCCAAUGGGCCAGGCCGCCCACCCCAGCGACAGCUGAGUGCCCCUCAUGUAACCCGAGGAACCUUUGGUGGCUCCCCGUGGGCCCAGGGGCGGGCCAGAGAAGAUGCAGAUACAUCAAGGAUGCAAGCACAACACCCUGUGGACAGUCAGGCUCAGGGCCAGCAGUUCCACCGACAUGGAGGCACUACAUCAAGGACCCCAGGGCCUCCUCGUUACCGGCCUGCUGCUGAUGGCACCCAGAGCUCUCCCAAGAAAGCAAGCCCAGCCACAGCAGGACCCCACCACUGGCAGCCCAAGGGUGGUCCAGCACCCCGAAUGCUACCAGGUCCUGGCAGUCCAAGGCCAACCCGAAAUACUCGCCUCCGAACAGAGCUUAGGGCCACCGAGGAGCAUCCAAGUCCCUUUGGAAUCCCAUACUCAAAAUUGUCCCAGUCAAAGCAUCUAAAGGCCAGGGCAGGUGGCAGCCAAUGGGUCCCAUCUGACUCUAAGAGGAGGGCCCGAGACCACAAGGAACCCUAGCAGCUGAGCUGGACCCCGACCCCAUCCCAGAGGGCAGCACGAGGGGGGUGGGCAGUGUUGGAGCUCACCUGGUCGGUGCACCAGUACCAGGUGGCCAUGAUGGUCAGACCAAAGGUCAUCCCAGUCCAUGGAAGGUCUCCUGUGGAGGGGUCCCGAAACAUGUGCAUGGCGUCUGCUCGUGGCAGGUGGCAGGUGGUAUUGGGGAUGGUCCUGGAGGGGAUGGCCUGGGCAUAUGCCACCUCUAGCUGCUCAUAACCACCAAUCUGGUUGAAAGCUGGAGGGUUGGACAGAAUGGGUUGGUGUUGGGUGGUCCUGACUCUCUGGCUCCUACUACCCUCUUCUCACAGAUAACUUCAUGUGUCAGACUGGAGUCCCUACCUCACCUUGCCUGCUCUAGGAGGGGCUGAGGUUUAAAAAAAAGAAAAAAAGGUGAAAUAGAGUAUUUUAUUUGUAUUUAAGCUAACUAUUAAAUGAGCAUUUUGCACAUGG